ACAGGAAAUUCAAACAGUCGUCACAUACUCACACAAGCGCACAUUGUACACUCACAGAGAGCAGCGGCAUCUUUCUCCUCCAAGGUCACCGAGCCUUGCGGUCCGCGGGCACGCGCAAACGCCACCUUCGUUCCCCUUGAAGUGAGGAGCCAGUGUUGGUCCAGCGAUGCCGCCCCCAGUCACUGGACCCCCGGCCGUGCCCCCGCCAGACGGCGGUUGGGGCUGGGCCGUGGUGUUGGCGUCGUUCAUCUCCAUCGGCUUCUCGUAUGCCUUCCCCAAAGCCAUCACCGUCUUCUUCAAGGACAUCCAGAUCAUCUUCGGUGCCUCGUACAGUGAAAUCGCGUGGAUCUCCUCCAUCAUGCUCGCCGUCAUGUACGCCGCAGGUCCCAUCAGCAGCAUUCUGGUGAACACUUACGGCUGCAGACCAAUCGUCAUGGUCGGGGGCUGCCUGUGUGCAGUCGGCAUGACCCUGGCUUCGUUCUGCACCAGCGUGGUGCAGCUUUACCUCUGCAUCGGCGUUAUUGGUGGAUUUGGAUUGGCAUUUAACCUGCAGCCAGCUCUAACCAUGAUUGGCAAAUACUUCUAUAAGAAGCGUCCGAUUGCCAACGGGCUGGCCAUGGCCGGAAGCCCGGUGUUCCUCAGCUCCUUGGCCCCGCUCAACCAGUACCUUUUCAACCAUUUCGGCUGGAGUGGGAGCUUCCUCAUCCUGGGCGGCCUCCUGCUGAACUGCUGCGUAGCCGGCUCGCUCAUGAGGCCCCUGGGACCGCCGCCCUCCAAGAUGAAAAAGGAGGAAGUGGUGAGCGCGAAGGAAAAGCGCACGGCAUGGCAAAUGGUCAACAAGUACCUGGACUUGUCACUCUUCAAACACCGCGGUUUCCUUAUCUACCUAUCCGGGAACGUCAUCAUGUUCCUCGGCUUCUUCGCGCCGAUUGUGUUCCUCGCGGCCUAUGCCAAAGACAUGGGGGUGGAUGAGUACUCCGCCGCCUUCCUCCUCUCCAUUCUGGCUUUUGUGGAUAUGGUCGCCAGACCCUCGAUGGGCCUCCUGGCUAACACGCGCUGGGUCAGGCCCAAGAUUCAGUAUUUCUUCAGCUUCGCCGUGCUGUACAACGGCGUGUGCCACAUCCUCUGCCCUCUUGCCAACUCCUACACCGGCCUUGUGGUGUACGCCAUGUUCUUCGGCCUUGCGUUUGGUAUGGUCAGCUCGGUGCUCUUCGAGAGUCUCGUGGACCUGGUCGGGGCGCCGAGGUUCUCCAGCGCGGUCGGACUCACCACCAUUGUGGAGUGCUGCCCAGUCCUCCUCGGGCCACCAAUAGCAGGGAAGCUGGUAGAUGUCACCAACAAUUACAAGAUCAUGUAUUUCUGCUGUGGCGCCGUCGUGAUCGUGGCGAGCAUUUGGCUCUUCAUUGGCAACUUCAUCAACUACAGGCUCCUGGAGCGCGAGCGCAAACUUGAGGAGUACAAGCCUGCCGGGCCGGAGGAUCCCGACCAGCUCCGGAAGCAGACAGAAGCCGAGAACCUGGCCUCGGGGGACACCAAAGAGUCAGAUGAAGAGAAGGGCCAGGAGCCUCUGCAGCGGGAGACCAACAUGUAAGACUAUUUUUUCUCUAAGCUUCCUAAUGUUGUCGGCAAAGAUCAAACUGAUCUUCAAGCCGAGAGAGUGCCUCGCGGUCUGCCACCUGGCUCUAUUCAGGGUCCUCUACAACGCCUCCAAACUGCCAAACCAACAAGUGCGCAGAACAAUGUGUAAGAUACUUCAUGUAUGUAAAAAGACUCACAUCGGAUUCGAUAUAUAUAUAUAUAUCAGACGAAAAAAUGUCAAAAAUGUCACACAUCAAUCAUAAAAAGUGGAAAUCUGACAAAUGAGCAUGAAAAUGCCAAGUUGUCGCUCUUCACAUGUCUUCCAAUGUAAUCCAAACAUAGAGUGUGUUGCACUUUUCCAUAGAAAACCAACUCCUCAAAGAUCCAACAUUUGGUAAAUGAGGAAGGCAUAAAACUGUGUUGCAAAUGGCCGACGUCUGUCCCUGAUUAUGUCUUGAAGUCGUGCUCAUCUAAAGGCGGACGACCUUUAAAGCUUUAAAACGCCUCAGACUGGUUGUCCAUGAUGACGACAGCUGGCAAGCCCUAAAAUGUAGAAGAGCAGGAAAGUGAAUGCAAGCUCUCCUCAUUGUUCAAUAUGACUGGCACCCUCAACAUCCUCCUCUGGCGCCCUCUAGAGAACCCUUGGGCAUAACAAUCCUUCCGGUAGGCUGCUUCGAUUGUAUAAUCUAGCUGCACUUAUUCCAGAAGAAACGUAUGAACGAAUGUACUCUCUUUUGUGGGCCUUAUUAGUAAGGUAAUAAUGACCAAAACCAUAUGCAUAACACUGAACAAUAUACACUGAGUGGACACUUCAUUAGGCACUCCCCAGAGAUCUAGUAUCAAGAAUUCUGAUUAUUCUCCCACUUUGAGUUGGAUCACAUUUAUUUUUUUCCUUUUGCCUAAUGAAGUGCACAGUUUAAUAAAAAAAACAACAACAAAAAAAGCCUUAAAUAUAAUUGAAGGAAUGAGGCGGGUAGUGUAAAGUUAUUGUUUCUGAAGUCAUUAACGCUUAUACCUGAAAUUCAGUUCCUUUCUCUUUGGUCCUACAAAUGUAGCCAUGUUGUUUUUGGGGGGAAAAAUAAAAAUCCCACUCUUUUAUUGAAAUUUGUGCUGUUGAUGCAUUUCCCUCAAAGCCAGUAGUGCUAUUGUUGACCAAAUACCGUCCAUGUAUUAGUCAUUUCCCAAAGCAUUUGUGUUAAUAACAAUAUUGCUACUGAAAGUAGGUUUGUGUGUCAAUAUAAAGCAGCUGCUACACAUGUAUUUGAAAAAAACAACAACUGAAAUUUCUAAGUUGAAUGGAGGACUUUUUUUUUUUCAUUGUGUUCCCUUUGAGAUUCACCCCAAAACAGAGCCAGUAUAUAUAAUUCUAUAUUUUCCAGCUUUUCAGUGUUACACAUUAUUUUUAUAUGUUAGCAAAGUCCACCUUCACGGUGCUUUGUAUGACUUGAAAUGUUUUCUCGUGUAAUCUAUGAAAAUCACUAUGCAAACUAUUAUUUCAUGAGUAUUUUCAAGGGGAAAUGAGCUGUACAAUCACAAUUUCACCUUGUAACACUUCCCCCUGCUGUUGUGUGGAGUUAUUAUGAGGAUUAUUUCUCCAUUUUGAAAAAACUUCUUGAUGCUGUGAUUCGCUUGAAAACAAGUUGCUGCUGCAGAUAAAGACGUUCUCCUCUUAUUCCUCAUUGUCCAGCGAUCUAAGUCAUACAUUUCUUUGUAUUUGAGCUCGCAUAUUUAUUCUCUGAAUAAAAAACUUUAAAAAAAACAACAACAAAAAAAAAAACAUGUUAUAAUGUUAGUAGAAACCGACUUAGAAUCUAUCAACUGGAUAUGUUUGAUGCUUUUUUGUUUUGUUUUGUUAUUUUGGGUGAAUUAGCAGGAUCAAAAAUAAGAUCACAAGAGCCCAGAUCUUGGGGGAUGAUUGUGAAAAAACUAGUUUGCUACUGGGAGGUUCUCACUUGACUCUCUGGUGCCUUAUUAUAUUACCAUCAGCUUCACACGCACUUGUGUUGAUCAGAUGUUGAGCUUUCGUGUGCAUUUUGGAUUAGGCUCCUCAUUUGAGUUUCCGUGUGUAAAUGGCCAACACCGAAGCUUUUCAAGUCGUGUUCAUAAUGUCCGACCGGUAGCAGACACAUUGUAUUACCUCCACUCGUCUUUUUGUUGUUGUU